AUGCCAUCUUUAACAUCUUUAAUCGAUGAAAAUUACUUACAAAAGAAUUGUGAGGAUCUUUAUAAUGCUCUCAUUACCCUUUUAUUUCCUAAAAAUAGUGAAGAAACAGAAAAUAUAUCAAUUAAAGAAAUAGUUUUACCAUUUUUUGAUGAUAUUUUAUAUAAUAUCACUAUUUGGGGAAUUCCAUUAUUUGUUUCUUUUGUUUAUAAUGACAUGUUAAAUAUUCCAAAAAACUUAAUUAUUACUACAACUUCACUAACGCAAAUUAUUUUAUGUUCAUUACCAGAAAUUCUUUUUGAUAAAGAUGAAAGUAUAUCCGAAGAUAUAACUUCAUCACAAUUAACUUUACCAAAUGAACAAGAUUUUGAUUAUAAUUUAUUAGCAUUAACUGAUCACGAAUAUUUGACGAUUUUAAAAGAUAGACCAAUGCUUACUAAGAAAUACGAGAAUAUUCCACAGAUCAUUAUUCAA